AUGGGAAUGAGAUUGCGAAUAGCGAGUUCUUCCUUGAUCUACCGAAAGAUUUUGAAGUUAUCCAGAAGUUCAGCAAACAGAACCACCAGUGGUCAGAUAAUAAACUUAUUAUCCAACGAUGUAGCAAGAUUUGAUCAAGUAUUCACACUUCUUCACUCUUUAUGGAUAAUUCCGCUUCAGAGUGCAGCGAUAGCAUAUUUAAUCUGGCAGAAUGUAGGAAUGGCAACUCUGGCUGGAAUUUUUCUCCUUCUGAUGCAAACGGUACCUGUUCAAGGAUACCUGAGUGGACUGACAGCUAGACUUCGGGCUAAAGUGGCAGUGCGCACUGACGAGCGUGUGCGACUGAUGAGUGAAAUAAUAACUGGAGUACAAGUGAUUAAAAUGUACACGUGGGAGAAGCCCUUCCUCCGGUUGGUUUCACUCGCGAGGAAACACGAGAUUGAUGUUCUCACUGUAAUGUCAUACUGGAGAGGAACAAUACGAGCAUCGCUGGUGUUCACGGAACGAACAACUUUGUUCUUCACAGUAAUGACGUAUGUGCUUUUAGGGCACACUAUAUCAGCAGCCAAAGUCUUCUCCAUGGCGCAGUGUGAUAUAAAUAUAACAAUAAAGUCUGGCACGCUGACUGCAGUGGUGGGUCCAGUCGGCGCCGGCAAGAGUUCUUUAUUGCAAUUGAUUCUUGGAGAAUUGCAUUCGACUCAUGGCCACGUGACAGUUGGGGGAUCAGUGUCAUAUGCUAGUCAGGAGCCCUGGCUAUUUGCUGGAAGUGUGAGGAAUAAUAUACUCUUUGGACAGCCUUACGAUGAGGCGAGAUAUCGUCAAGUGGUGCGUGCUUGCGCAUUGACCAAGGACUUUAUACAACUUCCUCAAGGUGAUAGAACACUGGUGGGUGAGCGUGGUACGUCACUCAGUGGUGGACAACGCGCUAGAAUUAAUCUCGCAAGAGCUGUUUAUCAAAAAGCUGAUAUUUAUCUUUUCGAUGAUCCUCUGUCGGCUGUUGACGCACACGUUGGUAGAAGUUUGUUUGAAGAAUGCUUCAUGGAAUAUUUGGCGGAUAAAACGAGGAUUCUAGUUACUCAUCAGGUGCAGCACCUCAAGGAUAUCGAUUUCAUCGUCAUGUUGAACCAUGGAGUUGUUGAGAAGCAGGGGAGUUCCGAGGAUUUUGGGCAGGAUGAUUUCGCAAUACUGCAUGUUGAUGACGAGGUGGAGCAAGAGGAAAAGGAGAUGAAGGAGGACGCAUUUGGUAACGGGAAAGGACCUUCAAUCCCUCAAGUGUCUUACUAUUCGAGGGUUGAUAAAGAGGAGAAGGAGGAAGUCGAACCCAAGGAGACGGAAGAACUCAUGGGCAAGGGGAAAAUCUCAAAAUCACUAUUUUGGAACUACUUCAAGUCCUCUGGCAGUUAUUUUCUUCUUUUCAUGUUUUUUGUGUUUUUGCUGCUGGGGCAGUUGGGGAGCAGUGGCUCGGAUUACUGGGUUGCUUAUUGGACUCGCCAGGUGGACUUGCAACAGACCAGUGGAAUCGCGCAGAACUAUUCUUUUAGAAAUGAGUCUCUCCACACUGUUGACGAUGAAAAUGCCACGUAUUUUGGAAAUGGAUCGACUCCCUCGAUCAAUCCAGGAGUUUUCGGACAUAUUGAUCAUCAUUAUGACAAUAACACAGCACUUUGGAUUUAUGGGAUAUUGGUAGCAGCAUGUACUAUUUUCACAACAGCUAGGAAUCUGGUGUUCUUCAAAGUUUGCAUGAAUGCAGGCAAAAAUAUCCACGAUCAAAUGCUCAGAUGUUUGCUGCAGGCACCAAUGAGGUUCUUUAAUAGCAAUCCUUCAGGACGUAUAGUCAACCGUUUUGCCAAAGACGUAGGAUGCAUUGAUGAACUUCUGCCGAACGCGGUGUUAGAUUCUAUCCAGAUAUUUGCAGUGAUGAUCGGCAUAUUAUCUCAAGUGCUCAUCAUCAACUGGUGGACCGUGUUCCCAACAGCAGUGGUGGGCUACUUCUAUUGGAAAAUAAGAAAUUUAUUCUUGGCAACUGCGCAGGAUCUGAAACGACUGGAAGGAAUCACAAAGAGUCCAGUUUUUUCUCAUGUCAAUGCCACACUCGCCGGAUUGACGACCAUUCGAUCCGCUGGGGGACAGGAGAUGUUACGAAAGGAAUUUGAUAACCAUCAGGAUGUUCACACCAGUGUUAACUCGUUGUUGAUCUCUACUUGUACGGCUUUUGGGCUUUGGCUGGACGCUGUGACUAUUGUCUUCGUUGCUUUCAUCACUUAUAGUUUUAUCAUUCUCAAAAAUGAUUCAACAUUCGCUGGAAAUGUUGGCCUGGCAAUAUCCCAAAUUUUGAUUCUCUGUGGGAUGGUUCAAAAUGGAAUGCGUCAGACUGCAGAAAUGGUGGCGCAAAUGACAUCAGUGGAGCGUGUAUUACAGUACACUAGAUUGGAGAAGGAAGAGCCCUUCGACAGUGAAGUUAAUUCAAGGCCACCAACAACUUGGCCGCAUCAGGGACGAAUUGAAUUUGAUCACGUCUACUUGAGGUAUUCCGUCGACGAUGCGCCAGUCUUGAAGGAUUUGAGGAUUUGUAUAGAGCCGGGCAUGAAGGUGGGAGUUGUGGGCCGCACGGGGGCUGGUAAAUCAUCACUCAUAGCAGCACUCUUCAACUUAGCGAAACUUGAAGGUGCUAUUCGUAUUGAUGGAGUUGAUACAAAGAAGAUCGGCCUGCAUGACUUGAGAAGAAAAAUAUCCAUAAUACCACAGGAACCAAUGCUAUUUUCAGCAACACUGCGUGAUAAUUUGGAUCCCUUCCAUCAAUUCAAGGACGAUCAACUCUGGGCUGCUCUGGAAGAAGUGGAGCUGAAGGAUCACAGUCAGUCCCUGGAUUAUCUAGUCACCCAAGGUGGUACCAAUUUCAGCGCUGGCCAGCGACAAUUGCUCUGUCUAGCCCGAGCUAUUGUCAGGAAUAAUAAAAUAAUCGUACUGGAUGAGGCGACUGCCAACGUUGAUCCAGCUACUGACGCUCUCAUACAGCGAACAAUUCGCGAGAAAUUCAAGGACUGCACAGUUUUGACGAUAGCACACAGACUCAAUACUGUUAUGGAUAGCGAUCGAAUUCUCGUGAUGGAUUACGGUCAAGUUGUGGAAUACGAUUCUCCUCACGUGCUCUUACAAAAAGACGGGUACUUGACGAGAAUGGCGAAUGAAACGGGUGCUGCUGUGGUUGAUAGAUUGAAAAAGAUAGCGGAAGGAGCUCAGAAACCAAUCGCUCCGCAUACGUAACUUGACAAAUUUGUUCAAAUGACUAGUGAAAAUCCCACGUUCAGAACAAUCUUCAGUGAGUCACUGUAAUAAAUUGGUCGGAACUAUGCAAUAAAGACUGUUGUGCAUUAACAAAAAAUUAA